AUGAAGAUUACUAACGUUCUGCCGCUCGCGGCAUUGAGCUCGGCCUUUGUGCUGCCACAAGAGGAGGUUCUUGCCACACUCGCUAUCGAAGAUCACCAUGGCCACACCUCAGUCGACUCUUUGGUUGAGAAGGCAAGCGCUGCCAAGGACGACGUUCUUUCAAGCUUCAAGAAGCACCUCGACGAAUUCACAGAGACAUCGAAGAACGUUUGGGAAGAGCUGUCGACCGAUGUCCAGAGCGGCUUGGACAACGCUUUUGAGCAAGCGGGUGAUGCAGCGAGCCUCUUUGGAGAUAAGCUGAGCCAAGUUUCAGACGAUGUCGAAUCUUGGUUUGAGGAUACCAUUGAAGCUGUCGAAGAUCAUGGCCACCGCCCGCACAAGCCUCCUCAUCACCACGAGCCAAACGAGACCAUUUACCAGUUGAUCGCGGGUAGCAAGUACACGACCACGCUUGCCAAGCUCAUCUCCGAAUAUGACGAUCUUGUCGACGCCCUGAACACUACUGCAGCAAACUUUACUGUAUUUGCACCUACGGACACGGCGUUCGAGAAGAUCCCGGACAAGGCACCAAAGCCGUCUAAGGAACAGCUCAAAGCCAUCUUGCAGUACCAUGUUCUGCCAGGUCUUUACCCGGCAGGUCAUGUUCUGGCCAUGCACACUGCUCCCACACUCCUAGUGGGCGAGCACCUGAGCUCCCAGCCAGAGCCGCAGCGGGUUGCAUUCAAGAUCAGCUUGCGUGGUUUGACCGUUAACUUCUACAGCCGUAUCGUGGCUAUCAACAUCGCCGCUACAAAUGGUUAUAUCCACGGCGUUGACAGCCUCAUCCUCCCACCACCAAAUGCGAUCGAGAUUGUCGACCUUUUUCCAGGAGAGUUUAGCACUCUUGAGCUUGGUCUGGGCAAAACUGGUCUCCUCGAGAAGUUGAACACUACUGAGCAUCCAGGAGGCACACUCUUCGCGCCUUCCAACUUUGCUUUCCAAAAACUUGGACCCAAGAUCAACGCGUUCUUGUUUUCCCAAUACGGACAGAAGUACUUGAAGUCCCUUCUCGAGUACCACGUUGUUCCAGGCACCACGCUCUACUCCGAUGCCAUUUACCAGGCCCACAAGCACGACAAUGUCGAUGCUGAGCAGGAGCUGCCACGCAAGGGUCUUUUCCACAUCGACCUCCCGACAUUCCUGAAGGACCGUUCACUCUCCGUGGACAUUGACCGCUAUGGUGGCUUCAUUAGCAUCAAGAUCAAUGGCUUCGCCACUGUCUCGGUGCAGGAUGCCAUUGCCCAGGACGGUGUCAUUCAGGUUACGCGUGACGUGCUCAUUCCACCCAAAAAGAUCGGCGGCGCUGAGCUCGAGCACUGGGACGGUAGCGAGCUCACUGUCGAGGACCUGAAGCAGCGUCUCGAGCCUUUUGUUGCCAAGUCGUACCUUUGA